UCAAGCUGCAAGCACGACGUCACGACUACUAACUAGUCCUCAUUCACCAUAAAUCAUUCAUUAGCCCGCUUGGACGCAUCGUUGCAUUCAAUUAUGGCUCGUUUGCACCGCGUCUCAAUGUACUUCUCCAUCCUUAUUUUAAUCUAUCUUCUGGUGUUAUUGGAGGUCCUGCCCAUACCAUUCAUCGAUGCCAGUGUAGCCCAAGAGAUCCUUCCUGUCAUCCCGUGGUGGCUUUUGGUGUCAUUCGGGUCGUAUUCCCUCUGGAGUCUCGGCUGGGGGGUUUGUACAUUCCGUGACUGUCCCGAAGCUUAUCACGAGUUGCUGCAGGAAAUUGAUGAAGCCAAAAACGAUCUCCGAAGUCGGGCUGUCACCGUCGACUAG